UCUCUGUUCCGCCCCUACCCUCCAACCUCUUUCUCUUUCUCUCUCUACCUAUAAAUAUAUACAUAUAAAUACACGCUCGUCGCCUCUCUCACAUCCUUCUCCUUCGCCUCGCUCCUAACUCUCUCCAUCUAACCCGCAACUCUCUGCUCGUAUAGACCCUUGGCUGUUGGAAUGGCAUCAACAGCUGGAGCCACAGGAUGGUUGAGGGGGAAAGUGAAAGCUGUUCCAUCUGGUGACAGUUUAGUAAUAAUGGGAAGUACAAAGGCUGAAAUACCCCCGGAAAAGACGAUAACUUUGUCUUCUUUAAUGGCACCAAGAUUGGCACGACGUGGUGGUUUGGAUGAGCCAUUUGCAUGGGAUAGCAGGGAGUUUUUAAGGAAUCUUUGCAUUGGAAAGGAGGUCACGUUCAAAGUUGAUUACACUGUACCAUCCAUAGGGCGAGAGUUUGGCUCUGUUUUCCUUGGAGAUAAGAAUGUCGCGUUGUUGGUUGUUGCUGAAGGCUGGGCAAAGGUAAGAGAUCAGGGUCAGCAGAAGGGAGAAGCUAGCCCCUUCUUACAAGAAUUACUACGCCUCGAAGAGCAGGCUAAACAACAAGGUCUCGGUCGCUGGACUAGGGAGCCUGGUGCUUCUGAGACAUCCAUAAGGAAUUUACCUCCAUCUGCCAUUGGUGAUUCUAGUACCUUUGAUGCAAUGGGACUCUUGGAUGCAAACAAAGGGAAGACAAUGAAAGCUGUGGUUGAGCAGAUUCGUGAUGGAAGCACACUCCGUGUAUAUUUACUUCCAGAUUUCCAAUUUGUCCAAGUUUAUGUUGCUGGAAUUCAGGCUCCUUCCACGGGAAGAAGAGCAACAGCUGAGACUCCUAUUGAAACUGAGAUUACUUCAAGUGAAGCAAAUGGAGAUUCAUCUACUGAGCCCAGUGGACAAUUAACAUCAGCACAGAGACUUGCUGCUUCAACGGCAUCUAUAACUGAAGGUGCACCUGAUCUGUAUGGAAGAGAAGCCAAGCAUUUUACGGAACUUCGUGUUUUAAAUAGAGAUGUAAGAAUUGUUCUGGAGGGUGUUGAUAAAUUUAGCAAUCUGAUUGGCUCAGUCCACUAUUAUGAAGAUGGAUCACUGAAGGACCUCGGCUUGCAGCUCGUGGAACAUGGUUUGGCCAAAUAUGUUGAAUGGAGUGCAAGCAUGCUAGAAGAAGAUGCUAAGAGACAGUUGAAAACUGCAGAACUUGAAGCUAAGAAAAGUCGCUUAAGAAUUUGGACAAAUUACGUACCUCCUGCUACAAAUUCAAAGGCUAUCCAUGAUCAGAAUUUCACAGGAAAGGUGAUUGAGGUUGUAAGUGGAGAUUGCAUUGUUGUAGCUGAUGAUGCGUUGCCAUUUGGAGAUCCAUCUGCUGAGAGAAGAGUUAAUCUCUCAAGUAUUAGGGCUCCCAAAAUCGGGAAUCCUCGUAAAAAUGAAAAACCUGCCCCUUAUGCUAGGGAAGCAAAGGAAUUUUUGAGAACACGCUUGAUUGGGAAACAAGUGAAUGUUUCAAUGGAGUAUUCCAGAAAGGUCAACCUGGUAGAUGGUACUGCUCCUCCUGCUGCUAAUGGUUCAGAUUCAAGGGUCAUGGAUUUUGGAUCUGUGUUCUUAGUGUCCAAGGAUGGAGAGGAUGCUACGCCUGUUCCAUCUGCUGCUGCUGCUGCUUCUAAUCCCCAAAUGGGGUUGAAUCUAGCUGAGCUCUUGGUCGUUCGUGGCUUGGCAACUGUUAUCAGGCAUCGUGAUUUUGAGGAAAGAUCAUACUGUUAUGAUUCUCUUCUCUCUGCUGAAUCACGGGCUAUUGCUGGAAAGAAGGGCAUACACUCUACCAAGCAACCUCCAGCUGUACACAUAACAGACUUAACAACUGCUUCUGUAAAGAAAGCCCGGGAUUUCUUACCUUUCCUGCAAAGGAAUAGAAGGAUGCCCGCUGUCGUUGAAUAUGUUCUUAGUGGUCAUCGAUUUAAACUGUUCAUUCCGAAGGAAACAUGCAGCAUUGCUUUAUCCUUAUCCGGUGUUAGAUGCCCCGGUCGUGGAGAACCUUAUUCCGAUGAAGCCAUUGCCCUUAUGAGGCGGAAGAUAAUGCAGAGGGACGUUGAGAUAGAAAUAGAAAAUGUCGAUAGAACUGGAACUUUCUUGGGCACAUUAUGGGAGUCGAGAACAAAUUGUGCAGUAGCGCUUCUUGAAGCUGGCUUGGCCAGACUAUCUACUUUUGGCUCUAUCCCAGAAGCUCACCUUCUUGCUCAGGCUGAGCUGUCUGCUAAAACGCAGAAACUGAAGAUAUGGGCGAACUAUGUCGAAGGAGAAGAGGUUCCCAGUGGUCCUGUUUCCGAGAGAAAACAAAAAGAAGAGUUGAAGGUGGUUGUUACCGAGGUUCUGGGAGGUGGUAAAUUCUAUAUACAGUCUGUAGAUCAGAAAGUGACAUCUAUCCAGAAGCAGCUUGCAUCUUUAAAUCUUCAAGAGGCACCAGUAAUUGGCUCUUUUAAUCCGAAGAGGGGUGACAUAGUGCUUGCACAGUUCAGUGCUGAUAAUUCAUGGAACCGUGCUAUGAUUGUGAAUGCUCCGCGAGGUGUCGUUGAGUCUCCAAAAGAUGAGUUUGAAGUGUUUUACAUUGAUUACGGGAAUCAAGAAUUCGUUCCGUAUAGCAAUAUGCGCCCUAUUGAUGGGUCAGUGUCAUCUACUCCAGGUGCUGCUCAGCUUUGUAAUCUUGCCUUUCUCAAGGUACCAGGGUUGGAGGAUGAUUAUGGACAAGAGGCUGCAUUUCGACUUAGUGAGCUUCUUCUUAGUUCCAAUAAAGAAUUUAGGGCCGUGAUCGAGGAGAAGGAUACUUCUGGAGGAAAAUCCAAGGGGCAAGGAACAGGGACGGUCCUUAUGGUCACGCUAAUCGAGUCAGAAGCUGAUGGGAUCAGCAUCAAUUCCAUUAUGCUAAAGGAGGGUCUUGCUAGGAUGGAGAAACGGAGGAUUCCGAAGCCUAUUCUGGAUGAGCUGGAAAAAUCUCAAAGUGAAGCACGCCAAAAGAGGCGUGGUAUGUGGGAGUAUGGAGAUGUCGAGUCCGACGAUGAGGAUUCUUUUCCGUCCUUCAGGAAAGCCGCUGGCAAACGUUGAAAAGACGUCAUUACUCGUCUAGAGAGCCAAGGGAGUACAAGAGUCAAGUAGCUUCUUUCAAAUGACUCGCUGUGUGUAAUUUAUUGUGACUUGGGUGUGUGUUGAGAGAAAUUUUGUUUUUCUUUCAUUUUUUAUUUUUUGAACUUAUAGAGAACGUUAUCAUCAUAACAUAAUAAGUUAUAAUAAGUUCGGAGUACGAUGGAGAUCCCAAAAAGGUUAGCGUAACUGUUUAAUCCCUUUAUCUAAGCUGAAGAAUUUUCAUCCGCAUAGUAGAAAGACCUUGACUGCAUUUUCAAUAUUCCUCGUGAUGCCCUAUUCUCAGCUGCUUAUAUGCUCGCCGGUUAAUGUUUCAAUGCCAUCAUCUUUACUUUCCUGCUGAAAAUC